AGACAGCAGCAAGAGCUGAGAAGAUAUUUGAGGUCACAGGAAAGUGGGUGUUGGUUGUGUUACAGCAUUGAGAGAGCAUUUUUGUUCACAAAUAGGAUAUAGAAGGAGACGGGUGUUUUAGAAGUAGUUCAGUAGUCUGAUAAGUUGUGGUGUGAGUUGAGGUCAAGUUUAGUGUUUGUUUUUAAAUAUAGAAUGUAAUUCAUUUCAGUAACUGUAUUGUUAUGAGCUGCUACAUCUUCACGCUUUAAAUAUGUACAACUGAAAUCAUGUAUUUAUUAUACGGAUAUGGUAAAUCUGAUUCUCAGGGUUGACGUAAUGAACAAUCUGAUCCGCUUUUUCAAUAUUGUACACAGAACCGUGCGUCUUGCGACCGCUGAGAUGGUCAAAGGGAAGUAUUUCUACGCCGUAAGAAAAGGAACGGUACCUGGUGUUUACGAUUCUUGGGAUAAGUGUAAGGCUCAAGUUGACAAAUUCCCUGCAGCUAGUUUUAAGAAGUUUGCAUCAGAGGAAGAGGCCUGGGCAUUUGUGGGCAGCAUUGCUUCGAAGCUGGGCACAACAUCAACAACAGACUCUGCUGACAGCAAUAUAGAUUACACAGACAGUGAAUUAGAAACAAUAUUUGCCAACACUAGUGGAGUGAAGAGACUAUAUGAUGAUUUUUCUGAAGAUGGAGAGCCUUCUGCCAAACGCAGGAAAAGCCCAGAAGAAGAAACUGGAACUGUGUGUGCUACUCAGACCACAGUUGGCAAAGACAGCUUUACUUAUAUGGGGGAUGCUGUGGUGGUCUACACAGAUGGCUGCUGCUCGGGUAAUGGUAAAACCAAAGGAGCUAGGGCUGGGAUUGGAGUGUACUGGGGGCCAGAUCACCCUAUGAAUGUAUGCGAUAGGUUACCAGGGAGGCCAACUAAUCAGAGAGCAGAGAUACAUGCUGCGUCCCGAGCAUGUGAACAGGCUAAGAGUAUGAAUAUCAAGAAAAUUGUUAUCUACACAGACAGCAUGUUCACAAUCAAUGGUAUUACAAAGUGGAUAUCUAACUGGAAGAUGAACGGCUGGAAGCUAAAAUCAGGAGGGGAGGUCAUUAAUAAAGAAGACUUCCAGCGGCUAGAGAAGGGCAUACAAGAUCUGGAGGUUGUUUGGAUGCACAUUCCAGGCCAUGCUGGUUAUAAAGGAAACGAGGAAGCUGAUCGGCUGGCAAAGCAGGGAGCUGCCAAGCCAGAGAAUUAGGCUAGAGGAAUGUGAUGAAUAGUAAUGGCUGAUCUCUUGUAUAUUGUGCAGCUACUUCUUUUAUUUCUUCUGGAAGCAGUGUCUCCAGGUGCACUAGAGCACUGUUUACUGUAUGUAUCUGUGUAUGAGGGUCAUUUUUAUCACAGCAUCAUACCUUCCCAUAACCCACCAACCUUUGUUAAAAAUCUAAAUGGGGUUAUUGCAACACACGGUGAGAAGACAAAAAUGCUUUAGCCAAUCCCGUUGCUACAGUAGAGUACCUGUUUUUAUUUAGCGUUUUUGCUUCCUUGUGGUUUUGCAUUGCUUAACAAACGAACCGUCAUUCAUUGUUAAUUCAACCACUAUUCUAUUUGAUAACCUCAAGUUUACAUGAAACCUUCCUGACGUUCUGCACAUGAAGACAAGGUUAGGAACUGCAUACUGUACUACGAAAUAAUUAAUUGACACUUCUAGUCAAAUCGUGGUUUGUGACAAUUAAAAAAAAUUAAAUAAAAAAACCAUCAAGCUUCUAAUUUAAGAACUUCAAAAUGAUAUGGAACUCAAAAAGUGGCACAAAAUUAAAAAUGUAAUUUUGGACGAUGACUCUUUAUAUUUCAACAUUUUUUGUUUUCUUCCCCAAGGAAGUCAAGUAGUGUAAAACUAUUUUGCAAUUAGAAAGAAUUUCAAACAUUGUGGUAAGAUUUGUAACUCUUCAUAAUGGUUAAUUUAACAUCAAAUGACUGAAAUGGAGAAAGUUACAAAAUGUUGUUUUUUUGUGUUUUUAAUCUCACCAUGGUUAUUUUUACAAUGUGGUUUUUAUUUCCCUCCAAGGUGUGGUUACAUAUUUUUGUUCAACAACUUGGUAACAGAAGUUACUAAACUUGAAGUGCUGUAACUAAACCGUAUAAAGACAUAUGAUGGUAAAUGUCACUGUAUAUCUGUAUGUAUGUAUAUAUAUGAUGAUGAUCUUGUUUAUUUGCAAUAUUAUUAAAACGUAGUAUUUGAGUUUAACUGUCA